CACCUGCCUGCCCUUCUGCCGUCCAAGUGCCCUGACUGUGCCAUUGCGCCAGCCAUGGAGAACGAGCUGCCAGUCCCCCAUACAUCCAGCAGCACCAGCAGCAGCUGCAACAGUGGCAGCAGCGGUGGGAGUGGCCGGCCCACGGGGCCCCAGAUUUCUGUGUAUAGCGGCAUUCCUGACCGGCAGACUGUGCAGGUGAUCCAGCAGGCGCUGCACAGGCAGCCCAGCACGGCGGCCCAGUACCUGCAGCAGAUGUACGCGGCCCAGCAGCAGCACCUCAUGCUGCAGACGGCCGCGCUCCAGCAGCAGCACCUCGGUGGCGCCCAGCUCCAGAGCCUGGCGGCCGUUCAGCAGGCAAGCCUGGUGGCCAACAGACAAGGGAGCACGUCAGGCAGCAACGUGUCUGCACAGGCCCCAGCCCAGUCAUCCUCGAUCAAUCUGGCAGCCUCCCCAGCAGCAGCCCAGCUCAUCAACCGGGCGCAGAGCGUCAACUCGGCGACAGCCUCAGGCAUCGCCCAGCAGGCUGUGCUCUUGGGCAACACGUCAUCUCCGGCCCUGACGGCAAGCCAAGCACAGAUGUAUCUAAGGGCACAGAUGCUCAUCUUCACGCCCACGGCCACCGUCGCUACUGUGCAGCCUGAGCUCGGCACUGGCUCCCCCGCCCGGCCCCCCACCCCCGCCCAGGUACAGAACUUGACCCUUCGAACACAGCAGCCACCAACUGCAGCAGCCUCGGGCCCUACCCCCACCCAGCCUGUCCUGCCCAGCUUGGCCCUGAAACCCACGCCAGGUGGUAACCAGCCUCUGCCUACCCCAUCACAGGGCAGAAACACCGCUCAGGGUUCCCCCGCAGGUGCCAAGCCUGGCAUAGCUGACAGCGUGUUGGAGCCACUCAAGAAAGGAGAUGGUAACAGCAGCGCACCGGGGAGCAUUGAGGGCCGGGCUGGGCUCAGCCGGAUGGCCCCCGCUGUGGCCACCCACCCCCUCGUCGCACCAGCUUAUGCUCAGCUACAACCGCACCAGCUCCUCUCGCAGCCGCCCUCAAAGCACCUGCAGCCCCAGUUUGUGCUCCAGCCGCAGCCCCAGCAGCCAGCACCGCCACCGCCACAGCAGUCCCGGCCAGCACUCCAAGCCCAGUCCCACCCCCAGCUCGCCUCUGUCCCUCCCAGCCUGACCCUGCAGCCCAGCCCCGAAGCCCACGCCCAGCCACUAGGCCCAGUUACUCCCGCCCUGCCUCUCCAGUGCCCCACGACCAACCUGCACAAGGCUGGCGGCACCCAGCAGUGUCACCCUCCCACGCCGGACGCUGGGCCUCACAACGGAUACCCUGAGGGCCUGGCCCACACCCCUCAACGCAGGUUCCAGCAUGCUUCAGCUGUCAUCUUACAACUGCAGCCUGCCUCACCAGUGCCCCAGCAAUGCGCCACGGAUGACUGGAAGGAAGCAGUACCCGGGGAGAAGAGUGUGCCCGAGACUCAGUCUGGCCCAUCGCCCCAUCAACAGGCCAUCGUCACCGCCAUGCCUGGAGGCCUGCCCGUCCCCAAGAGCCCUAACAUCCAGCAGUCCCCAGCUCACGAGACAGGGCAGGGCAUUGUUCAUGCACUGACCGACCUCAGCAGCCCCGGCAUGACCUCAGGGAACGGAAAUUCUGCCUCCAGCAUCACCGGCACUGCCCCCCAGAAUGGUGAGAAUAAACCACCACAGGCCAUUGUGAAACCCCAAAUCCUGACGCAUGUUAUCGAAGGGUUUGUGAUCCAGGAGGGGGCGGAGCCUUUCCCGGUGGGACGCUCGUCCCUGCUGGUGGGGAAUCUCAAGAAGAAGUAUGCACAGGGGUUCUUGCCUGAGAAACUUCCCCAGCAGGAUCAUACCACCACCACUGACUCUGAGAUGGAGGAGCCCUAUCUGCAGGAAUCCAAAGAGGAGGGUACUCCCCUCAAGCUCAAGUGUGAGCUCUGUGGCCGGGUGGACUUUGCCUACAAGUUCAAGCGUUCCAAGCGCUUCUGUUCCAUGGCGUGUGCCAAGAGGUACAACGUGGGGUGCACCAAGCGAGUGGGGCUUUUCCACUCGGACCGGAGCAAGCUGCAGAAGGCAGGAGCCACGACCCACAACCGCCGUCGGGCCAGCAAAGCCGGCCUGCCGACACUUACAAAGGACACCAAGAAGCAGCCGACGGGCGCCGUGCCCCUCUCAGUCACAGCUGCACUGCAGCUGACGCACAGCCAGGAGGACUCCAGCCGAUGUUCCGAUAACUCAAGCUACGAGGAGCCCUUGUCGCCCAUCUCAGCCAGCUCGUCCACUUCCCGCCGGCGACAAGGCCAGCGGGACCUGGAGCUUCCAGACAUGCAUGUGCGGGACCUGGUGGGCAUGGGACACCACUUCCUGCCAAGCGAGCCCACCAAGUGGAAUGUGGAAGACGUCUACGAAUUCAUCCGCUCCCUGCCAGGCUGCCAGGAGAUAGCAGAGGAGUUCCGUGCCCAGGAGAUCGAUGGGCAGGCCCUGCUGCUGCUCAAGGAGGACCACCUGAUGAGCGCUAUGAACAUCAAGCUGGGGCCUGCCCUGAAGAUCUACGCCCGCAUCAGCAUGCUCAAGGACUCCUAGGGCCGGCUGGUGCAGCCAGGGUUCUGGCCCGGGGCUCCUCCUCCCGACUGAGCAGAGCCAGACAGACAUUCCUGAGGGGCCCAGAAAUGGGGCCAGUCGGAGGGAAGGGCUCUCCCUAUGGGGCGUGGCUGGUGAGGAGGUCUUGGCACCCCCUCAAUGGCUCUCAGGGGCCUUUCUUUCUGUGGGAGGGGCAGAGAGGUAGGUGGCAUGGAAGAUGGGGCUUUAUGCUUGUAAAUAUUGAUAGCACUGGCUUCCUCCAAAGUCCCAAUACUCUAGCCCCGCUCUCUUCCCCUCUCUCUGUCCCCCAUUUUCCAGGGGGUAUAUGGUCAGGGCUCCCAACCUGAGUUGGGUCACUUUCAAGGGCAGCUGUCAGGCCUGGAUCGAGGCCUUGCAAGCCCUUGCCUGCCUUUCUCCCACUUCUCCCUCCGGGCCUGGCUAACUCUUCCGUUGCCGGCUUCUCCCCCUUCAGCCCGAUUCUGAAGCAGCCAGGGGUUCUCCCCCUUCACCCUCCACAGGUGGAGAGAGAGAAGCUGGGCCCGGUUUGGCCACGCCUGCUGGCACAGACGCCUUAACGCUGUGUGUGUGACUGGAUGACUGUGUAGGAGCCUGGACUGGCAGAUGGGCCCAGAGCCACCCUCUGGCAUCUCCAGGUGUUCUGUAGCAAACAGCCACUUAGUGCUUUGUCCUGGACUCCACUCAGCCUCAGGAUGGGGAAUAGAAAAGAAGGGCAGCCUCCGUGCAGAGAGGCGAGAUCAGAAAGCGACGAAGAUCAGGAGGUUUUCCUUUCCAGAGUGGGCAUGCUGUCUCCGAAGUCCUUCCCACACUGUGAAGUCCCCCCGACUGGCCUGCUGUGCCACAGAUGGCAUUAUGGGAGCUGCUGCGGGCUGGGCCUCCUGGCCUGCCUGCCCACCCGCCCGCCGCCCUGGGAGCCCCAGAGUGGGGGCCCAGAGAACGUCGGAGGGCAGAGAAGAGCUGGGGUGACGUUCCCUUGAAGAAGGCAGCCUUGGGCCUCCCGCUUCCACCCUUCUUUGCCUCUUGAACUUGCUAGCAGUUUGAGCUACCUGCAGAGGAGGCAGGGCAGGAAGGGCGAGGGCCUGCCUCUGACUUGCCCUGUCCUCGGAGGCUCCUGGGGGAAGAGCAGGGCUCUCCCCAGGAAAGGGGGGGGCACCGUUCUCAGCUUGUUCUAUUCCCCACUCACACCCCCAGGCAGGGUUGGAAAUGAAGGACUUUUUUAACCUUUUGUUUUUGUUUUUUAAAAAUAAAUCUGUAAAAUCUG